AUGAGAUUCUCAACCAUUGUAGCCACUUCGUUGGCUUUCUUGUCAUCUGCUGUCGUCUCUCAAGAUGUCGCUUGUUUAGUUGAUGGUCAAACUGUCGCUGUUGUCGACUUGGACACUGGUAUCUGUCCAUUCUCCAUUCCAGCCGGAUUGCCAGCUCCUGUCUUUACCUACACUGCCGAUGACGACUACAAUGUCUUGUUCUACUACUCAAUUGUUGACGCUACAAGAUACUUUACUGAUAUUGUCAAUGCUGGUAACAUUAUCAGUAUCCCAGCUAGAUUAUUGUAUGGACAAGUGGGUGCCCCAUUGUACCAAGUUGCAGCUCAAGAAGAACCAGCAUCAAAUUCCACUGGUGCUAUUAGAAAGAGACUUAUGAAGGGAGCCAACUUGGAACCAGUCUCAAUCGACAAGAGAGAUGCUCAAUCUUUGGCAGAUUCUUUAAAGAGCAGAGAUGGUACUUUUAUUGGAGGUGCUGCCUUUGAAGUCGUUAACGCUACUGAAGCUACUACCUCAUCUGGAGCUGCUGGUGCAUCUGGUGUUGAAACCAUCCGUUCAACUACUGUUCUCACCGAAACUGUUUCUUGCUCAACCACCACUGGAACUUCCACCUUGGCUAACGGACAAACCACCACUUUUACUUCAUCAUCGCCAAUCUUGUCUACUGUUACUGCUCCAGUUACUUCAGUUAUCACCAUCACCUCAUGCCACGAGGACUUGUGCCACAAGACUACCGUUGCUGCUACUUUAUCUGCUGGUACAAAAACUGUUUCAGGCGUUGAAACCGUCUACACCACCUAUUGUCCACUCUCAUCAGUCGAAACUCCAGAAUCCACCAAAGUUCUCACCACCACUGACCACGAAGGAAAGCCAACCACUGUUACUGCUGUGCCAGUCUUGACAACCGCUACUGUUGGUGGAACAGUUACCGAAUACGUCACUUACUGUCCACUUUCAACCUCCGCCGGUGGAGCUCCUCCAGCAACUAGUAAGCCAGCUGCUGUCAUUACUUACACCUCAGGAGGUGUAACUGUCACUUCAACCAUUCACGGAUCAAGUGCAAAGACUUCUGGUCCAGCUUCUGCUGCUCCAUCUAGUAAGCCAGUUGCAACCACAACCUACACUUCAGGUGGUAGUGUUGUCACCUCAACCAUUUACCAAACUGUUGCUGCUCAAUCAAGUGGUGCUCCAGGACACUCUGGUGCUGCUGGUACAGCCACUGUUGCUGCUCAAUCAGUUGCUCCAACCACCGUUGCAUCUCACUCUGGUGCUGUUUCAACUUUCGAAGGUGGUGCUGCUUCUAACGGAGCCACCUACUUAGCUUUGGCCUUGAUUCCUUUGGUCUACAUCUUCUAA